CCACCAAUUUGUAUCUCCAUUGUCUCCCCUCCUUCCUCUAAGAUCUGUCUCUCAUGCUCUUAUUAGGGCUGCUAAAUUAUUUAACAUCAGAUUGUGGGCUCGGCUCCUGAGCCAGGAGCAGAUGGAGAGGAGAGGAGGAAACGCUGGAGAGAGGAGGGGAAGUAUGGAGGUGUCCGAUGCUGCAGGGAGCCGUGAAUCAGCAGGGAGCAAAAAGAGCAGUGGGAGGGAGGACGGAGCGAGUUUAUAGAUAGCUUAAGGUAAUACGACAGGAGGGAGCGGCAUCAAAUGCCCCCCGUCAGUGAGUUUGUGUUCGGGUGUGUGCAUCGAUUGAACACAGAAGGUCAUGGAGCUGAGAGGAGAUUAGCGCAUUAGACUUGGAGCUGGAGGAAGCACGGCGGCACAGCUAACGCCUUCUUUGAAUAACUGAGGUACAGGGAAGCCGCAAACAACAAGGACAAGAGGAGCUCUUACAGUAUGGGGGAGAGCUAUAUGUACCAGCGACUCUCCUACGCCAGAGGAGAGGGGGAGGGGGAGGAUGAAGAGGAGAGAAACAGGAGUGUCAAGGGACAAAUGAUGCAGGGUGAAGAGGGCACAGAGUGGCUGCUGGAGCUGCUGACUGAUGUGCAGCUGCAGCAAUACUUCCUGCGGAUCCGAGACGAACUCAACGUCACACGACUUUCCCACUUCGACUAUGUCAAGAAUGAAGAUUUGGAGAAAAUUGGCAUGGGACGCCCUGGUCAGAGGAGGCUUUGGGAGGCGGUCAAGAGGAGAAGAGCCCUUUACAAACGCAAGUCCUGGAUGAGCAAGGUGUUUCCAGUAAAACGACCGGACUCCGACCCCCAGCAGCCUGUUCCUCAGGGGGCGUCGUCUGGCGCCGGUCCAGUCAGUACCGAGCCGGGCGCCUCGCUCACCUGCCUGAUCAGAGACUCCGAGCUGCAGCUGUUCGAGCGGCUCGGAGAUGGAACAUUUGGGGUGGUGCGACGAGGAGAGUGGACCGGACCCAACGGCAGAGUGUUGUCAGUAGCAGUGAAGUGUCUGAAGGCAGGCGUGCUGGACUCAGACGGCCUGGAUGAUUUCAUCAGGGAGGUGAACGCCAUGCACUCACUGAGCCAUCAGAACCUCAUCCGCCUGUAUGGGAUCGUCCUCACACAGCCCAUGAAGAUGGUGGCUGAGCUGGCUCCUCUGGGUUCUCUGCUGGAUCGCCUCAGAAAACGUCAGGGUCACAUCCUCAUCUCGAUGCUGUGCAACUACGCCGUACAGGUAGCGUGCGGGAUGGCCUACCUGGAGCAGAAGCGUUUCCUCCACAGAGACCUGGCCGCCCGCAAUGUUCUAUUGUCCACCAAUGAAACGGUGAAGAUCGGAGACUUUGGCCUGAUGAGGGCGCUGCCCACACAUACUGACCAGUACAUCAUGGAGGAAGGCCACAAAAUCCCUUUCCCAUGGUGCGCGCCAGAGUCCCUGAAGUCUCGAACUUUCUCUCAUGCAUCUGACACCUGGAUGUUUGGCGUCACCCUGUGGGAGAUGUUCACUCACGGACAGGAGCCAUGGCUGGGCCUAAAUGGAAGCCAGAUCCUCCAUAAAGUGGACGUUGAGGCUGAGAGGCUGUGCAAGCCUGAUGACUGUCCUCAGGACAUCUACAAUGUCAUGCUGCAGUGCUGGAGCCCCAAACCAGAAGACAGGCCCACCUUCAUCGCUCUCAGAGACUUCCUGCUUGAGACCAUGCCAACAGACAUGAGAGCUCUGCAGGACUUCGAAGAGGAAGACAAGCUCCAGAUUAAAAUGGACGACGUCAUUACCAUCAUCGAGGGAAGGGCAGAGCAUUAUUGGUGGCGAGGUCAGAACAGGCGGACGCUGCGUGUCGGUCAGUUUCCUCGUCAUGUGGUGACUUCGGUCGCCGGUCUAUCCGCCCAGGACAUCAGCCGACCACUGAAACACUCCUUCAUUCACACUGGACACGGAGACACAGACCCUAACAGGAGCUGGGGACACGCAGACCGAAUAGACAGUUUGUAUUUAGGGAAUCCCAUGGACCCGCCUGAUGUCCUAGGAUUCGAUUCUGGCAUUGCAAGACCCACCAAACUCCCCAACCGUGCAAAAAAGCAACCACCCCCUCGUCCACCCCAGCCUGCAGUUCUGCUCAAGAAGCCAUUAUAUGACCUGGUGAUGGACGAUUACGAUGACGAGGAUGACGCCAGCACUUCAUCUGGGCUAAAGAAGCUGGGAGCGUCUCUAGGUCUGAAGCUUCGACCGUGGGAGGGGACAGGUGUUCGCGCAGCCAAAAGUGAGGUGUCACUCAUCGACUUCACUGAUGACAGCUUCAGCUCAACCACACCCUCUCCGCUCAUGGAAACACAUCAAGCAGACGAGGACACACUGAAGGACACUCCUUCCAUCCUUGACUGGCCUCUCCCUCAGCCAACGUACGACGAGGUUACCGCAGACUUCGACGACCAAUCGGAGGACCAGGAGGUGCGGUCCAUCAACAAGGGGUUGACGGAAGAAGCUUUGGUCACUCCAGGGCCCAGCAUGCCAGGCAGGAGCGAGUCCCAGUCAGCAGACCUCUUUCAAGAGCUACAGAGAGAGGUGAUGGUGAAGCUACAGGUUCCCAUGGCAACAGGUCGCUCCCUCCCAUCCUCUCCAACCCCGAUGCCUCUGGUUCCAUUGGGUCCCCACCGGCAGAUCUGUCUGCCUCCUCCUUCCCCUUUAUCCUCUUCCUCCUCUUUCACCUCCUGUUUUGAGGAUCGCCCGGUGUUGCCCCCUCGCAGCCCCAUCCCCCCACUACGUCCCUCUAAACACAGCCUCUCCACCCGCACCACCAACCAGCAGGCCCGCUCCAGUUCCAUUUCACUGGGUAACGAGGAAGAAGCACCUCCUCAGAUCCCACCCAGAGACCAUGCUUUCUCUCAACCGGGGUCUCGCUCCUCCUCUCCCCUCCCUCUGGUGCCACCACUCUCCUCUACACCUGUAGCACUGCCCCCUCCUCCUCUCUCCGUCUCUCCUCGCCGGACAGCUGGACUUCUGGGUCCUUUGUUGUCCUCCAACUCCCCACCCACAUCUUCCUUUCAUCAAGCCACUUUACAUUCCUCACGGCCAGGAGCGCCAGCCUCGUCGUACUCUUCCACCUCUUCGCUGGAUCCCCUCACCUUUCGUGAGGGGCGUGGCCUCUCCCCGCUAAUUGACAGCUCUCAGAACUCUAGUCCUGCCUCACUACCAGAGAGACCAGCCUUUCUAGAGAGAUAUGGGGCAGCCAACAUGGCAGCAGUCAAACCCAUGAUGCAGCAGCAGCCGCCGGGCGGAGCUAAAACAAACACCUCCUAUAACAACAACAACGGACGAGCUGCAGCUUCCAACACACAGCAGGACCAAAGCAUCACACAGGUCCAAGGAGCAGUGCAUGGCGUCACCAUGGAGGAGUGUAAGACCGCUCUGCAGAAUCACAACUGGAGCAUCCCUCAGGCUGUUAAUUAUUUGAAGGUAGAGCAGCUGUUUCGGUUGGGACUGCGUUCGAGGGCUGAAUGUGAGGAUCUCCUGCAGCGCUGCCAGUGGAACCUGGAGCAGGCCAGCACCGUCAUGCUGGACACAUACGGACCACAUCGCAACAGGAAGACACAGUGAGCUCCAAUCAAGCACUGAUGAGCUCCACGACCCAUCUGGACAAAGUUUCCUGGAUGACUCAUCUCUUCAGCGACUCAAGAUGCUUCUUAAUGAGUGGAGAGAUGUGUCCCUCUCCCUGCUGUGAAUACCUGUUAACGUACUGCAUCAAACGCGUGCAUGCUCAUUACCAGCUGCCAGAGCUGCUUGCUGGAUGAUUCAGUAUUUACUUGAACAGUUUAUGUGUCGAGACUUCGUUUCUGGUAAGCUGCUGCAGAUUUGAACUGAACGCAUGCAUGUUGUAAACGCCCAUGCCUUUUAGCUAUUAGUGACGCAAUAUAAAAAUCAGGGAAGUAUCAGGUGAUGUAUGGCUGUACUUUUUGUGACAUUGUAAAGAUAAUAUGUAUAUAAUAAUGAACUAAGUGUGUCGACACACGUGCAAACUGCUGGUCAGAAAAAAAAAAAGCAUUUUAGGUAAUGAUGUGAAGAUGCUGCUGAUAUGAAUGCUAAUAUAUCUGAUGUGUGUAUUGUUUGUUGUAAAGGUUCCCUGUGGAGUUUUCUUGUAAACUAAAUAUUAAAAGUCUGAGUAUUACAUUUAUUACAUUCAAGUUUACCAGAAAUCUGUCUUUUCUGCUGCUUUUGCUGGAAUAUUACAGCCACACAGACUCUUACAAAAACCUAUUCAGUGCCAUUAUAGGUGAAAUACUCCACAGGUUACCUUUAAGAAAGGUGUUUUGGACUAAACUUUAUAACAGUAAUCUGAAAAAGUGAUGGUCAAGACUUUGAGUGCUGCUUUUCCUCAGAUGGGUGAAAACAGGGUAUUUGUUUUAUCUCUACAAAUGAGACAUUGAUUGCAUCGUAAGGCUUAAAGUUAUCACUUGUUGUUAUGAAUUUGCUGUUCGAUAAUCAGGAACACGAAGUGAAGAGCUUUACUCUCAUCCAGUCGAUUACACAGGCAGCUGCUGACUGAGCUCGUUGCUGCAGAUUUGCAGCUACACACAAGUUGAUGUUAAUUACAUGUUGUCUGUUGUAGCAGAGUUGGCUUUUAAAACAGCCACAAGAUGUUAAUUUAUCCCAAAAAGAAAUUCAGAGAUAAAGGAAAAGUAUUUCAGAACUACAUGGUGGUGAGUGGUGAACCAUCCUAUCUUAUGCUCAGCCGUAACAGCUUGUCCUGAUACUGUUUUAUUUGAUGCUGACUGUAUUAUGCUGUUCAGAAAGGCUUAAAAAUGUUAAAUUCAAACUGCUUUUGUUGUUUUAUAAUAAAUGGAAAUUUUCUUUUAAGAA